GCUAUGGCGUCACACGGCUCAUCCGAUAGAAGCGUUGCUGCUAAGCUAAGCCUCAACUCUAGCCUGGGACAGAGCAGGUUGCCCUUCUGUGGAGGAUCAGGAUCAGCUGAACUGUAGAAGAACUAAUGCAUCUUCUUCCAAGUAUUUGUCUGCUUUCCUGUUGUCGACUUUCCUACCUGGCUGAAGUUUAUCUUCAUUCCAUUCAGUCAUUCAGCCAUUCAGUCAGAAGAUUUCACAAUCAAUCAACAUUAAGCUGCUAAUAAGUUAAGCACAAAGCACCCAGAAGAAUCUCCAGUACAAUCACACAGAACAAUGAUGCCAAAUGCAGGCAAGGAGAAUACUCACCACUGUUUACAUUGUGGAAAGAGUUUUAAACACCAGAGUACUUUCAAAAUACACAUGCGCGUUCACACAGGAGAGAAACCGUAUCACUGCUCAGUCUGCGGGAGGAGUUUUAAUCGACUGGAUCAUCUCAACAGACACAAGCACAUUCACACAGGAGAGAAACCACAUCACUGCUCAGACUGCGGGAAACGUUUUAGUCAACUGUAUCAUCUCAAAAUACACCAGCACAUUCACAGAGGAGAUAAACCCUAUCUCUGCAGAGAAUGUGGGAAGAGUUUUAAUAAACUGAGUAUUUUUACCCUACACACACGCAUUCACACAGGAGAGAGACCCCAUCACUGCUCAGACUGUGGGAAGAGUUUUAGGUAUUCAUAUACUCUCAAAAGACACCAGCGCAUUCACACAGGAGAGAGACCCUAUCACUGGUCAGACUGUGGGAAAGGUUUUAAUAAACUGAGUACUCUCAACGAGCACCAGCACAUUCACACCGGAGAGAGACCUCAUCACUGCUCAGACUGUGGGAAAGGUUUUAAUAAACUGAGUGCUCUCAAGGAACACCAGCGCAUUCAUACAGGAGAGAGACCUUAUCACUGCUCAGACUGUGGGAAGAGUUUUAGAUAUUCACGGGUUCUCAAAAGACACCAGUGCAUUCACAAAGAGAAAUCGUAUCACUGCUCAGACUGUGGGAAGAGUUUUCAUCAACCGUAUCAUCUCAACAGACACAAACGCCUUCACACAGGAGAGAAACCGUAUCACUGCUCAGUCUGUGGGAAGAGUUUUCAUCAACCGUAUCAUCUCAACAGACACAAACGCGUUCACACGGGAGAGAAACCGUAUUACUGCUCAGUCUGUGCGAAGAGUUUUAAACAACUGAAUCAUUUCAACAGACACACACACGUUCACACAGGAGAGAAACCGUAUCACUGCUCAGACUGUGGGAAGAGUUUUAUUCAACUGUAUCAUCUCAACCAACACAAACUCAUUCACACAGGAGAGAAACCGUAUCACUGCUCAGACUGCGGAAAGAGUUUUAUUCAACUGCAUAAUCUCAACAGACACGCACUCGUUCACACAGGAGAGAAACCGUAUCACUGCUCAGACUGUGGGAAGAGUUUUAAACAACUGUACUAUCUCAAAAAACACACACUCAUUCACACAGGAGAGAAACCGUAUCACUGCUCAGUCUGUGGGAAGAGUUUUAUAUAUUCGAGUAGGCUCAAAAGUCACCAGAUCAUUCACAGAAAAGAGGAACUCUGUCGCUGCUCAGACUGUGGGAAGAGUUUCAAAUACUGGAGUGAUCUCAAAAAGCACUGGAGCAUUCACCCACCAAAGAAAUCGUACCACUGCUCAGACUGUGGGAAGAGUUUUAAUCAGUGGAGUACUACUUGUGUUUCCAAGUGUAGUGCCUGCUAUACCUCAUCUGUACCACUUGGUGUCACACUUGUACCAGUGUAUGUAGUCUUUUUAAAUACGUCAGGACAAGCCUGAUGGCCACAUGAAAAGGAAGAGUAUUCCAGAUAAUCUCGCUUACUACUUUCCAUUAUGACUUGAAUUGGCUUUGGACCUUCCUUUUGUUGUGCAUGAAUCCCGUCUUGUAGUGCCAGUCUCUCUACAUUUAUCUGGCUCAUAAUGGGCAUCAAGGAACACUAAACAGAGACUGCUUCUAUUAUACUGGUAACCUGGCACGGACACCUCGGUCCAUGAUUUGCUUGUUUCCUGUAGAGUCUGUCAGAUAAGUGACAACAAGGAUUUAUCCAGCAACAAUGCAGCCUGUGGAUUCUCCUGAUGGUGCUUAACUAGUAGUUGGUAACUGCAUUUCUUUACAACUAUCGUGCAAAAUCACAUACAACUACAAACAAAACAAAACAACUAAGAGGACGACCUAUGCAGACAGAACUGAAAUUUGUUGUCAAUCUUGGAGUAAGAAGAACAGAAGAAAGUGAUCAACAAACUUGGACAAAACAUUUUGAUGGUAGAAGAUGGAAUUUGAUAUGCUUGUCAAAGUUACCAGAACUCGCCCAGCCUAUAAAAAAAGAAAUGAAAAAGAAAAAAAAAAACCUGGAAAACUUAUGUUUUGUUAAUUCCAUUUACAUUACUAUCUGAGUUGUAUGCUUUCUUUUCAGGAAAGGGAAAAUGUGUUGUGUUUUUAAGUGUAAUGCCUGCUAUCUCUUUUUUUGUACCACUUGGUACAGAAGAACCGAGAAUAAAAAAGACUUGAGCUCAGUCAUUAGAGUUUAUAAAAACUGUGGGACAAACUGACUUUAAUGUGAUUGUAACAUCUGUUGAAAACAACCUUUGAUGAAUGGAAACUUGUUAAUGUACAGUGGUAUGUAAAAGUUUGGGCACCCCUCAUAAUUUUCAUAAUUGUCCUUUAUAAAUCACUGGUUGUUCACUGUGAGCUGCGUAGUAAGAAAAUGGAAGACCGGUUCUAGUUUAGACCCUAGUUAGGGCUGUGUACCAUAUAUAAAUAUUUUGAUACCGAUACAUAAACUGUAUUUUUUUCAAUAUCUUUUUUCUAAAUCGCAAUAAAAAAAAUGUCUGCAAAAGAAGUCUCUACUAAAUAUUGAUGUAAUAUUUCUGUUCCCAAAUAUAUGCGCUUGCUUAAUUUUUAA